CGUGUAUCAUGGUGCCCAAUUAUUGUGGUGAUAAGUGAUGAUCCUUCCUGCAUUGCUUCCUUUGCCGAGAUAUCCAUGAAGAAAAGCCUCUUGACGCCAUAUACCAAAAUCAUUUUCAUAACUCACCUUCCUCCAAAUGACCUGACGGACAAUGAAUAUCUUCACCAUUUAUCUUCAACUUUUGAUGCCCUGAUUAUUAGCCUUGCGGAUCCCAGGACAAUAAGUGGACGAAUUUAUACUUAUCUUCCUUACAUAAGUCCUGAUGAAGGAAGGAUUCUUUUAGCUACUUUGUCGCCGGCAUAUGGAAUGAAGCUAGUUUCAACUCUUCAACCUUUUCCGGACAAAUACACCAAGUUUUUGAAAACACCCACCAUAAAAAUUGCAACCGAAAUGAUAGAUGAAAGACAAAACAAACAGUUUUGUAACAGAAGACUCAUCAAGUAUUUUGAGCAAGGAAUGAAUUUCAAAUGCGCAGGGGUCCAAGCUGAAGACAAUCUGUAUGGCACAAAGAAUUCCGAUGGAUCCUGGUCUGGUAUAAUCGGCUUGUUGGUUAGAAAAGAGGCUGACUUCUCUGCGGCCUCUUUUGCGUACAUGCCUUCCCGUGCGGAUGUGGUGGACUACACAAUUCCUUUGUUGGUCCAGUACUCGAUUAUCAUUGGAAAGCUUGGACAACCUGAGCUGGAUCCAUGGAGCUUCCAUUUACCGUUGGAUAUUUACGUAUGGUUGAGCAUUGCUGUAACUCUCUUAGUUUUUCCUGGAUUUCUUUCUUUCUUAUCGUAUGGAUCAAGCCGUCUCAAGACUGCAGCUCGUAGCAGCUGGAGCAACAACUUCUUUCAGCUAAUACGCAUUUUAAUGCAACAAGAUAUCUUCAUAUUGACUGAAUCGUUGCCUGUUCGUGUGGUGAUGGGUGCAUGGAUGCUGAUGGCAUUAGUACUAAUCAGAAGUUACGCCAGCAAUCUUAUGUCAGUGUUGGCUGUGCGCUACAUUCAUCAACCAUAUCAGAGCCUCAGCAAUGUUCUUGAAAAUCCAGAUGUCACCAUGAUAUGGCAAACAAAUUCAAGCAGGGUGCAAUAUUUUCGCGCUGCUAAGUCCGGAAUAUUCCGACAAGUUGCUGAACGGGAGAAAGCAGAUGGUAUCAAGUUUCUACUCCUUCAUCAAUUUCCAGCUGCAAUGGACACACUGCUUCGUAAGGGACACCAUGUCCUCGUAACAGUGGAAAUCAUGGCGCGAAUAUUGAUUGGCAAUGAUUUCACAAAACGAGGUCGGUGUGACUUUUACAAUGGAAGAGAGAGAAUUUUACCUGAAUUCCUAUUUAUGCUGGGUCAAAAAGGAAGCCCGAUUGUGCCCCAGAUUAAUAAAAGAAUUAUGUCGAGCCAAGAAUCAGGGCUGUAUGACCAGUUUAUCAAGUAUUCGAUUCCAAACGUAACUGCCUGUAUCAAAAUACCUACACGCAUCACGAAUAGCUCCUCCUUGUCUUUCUCCCAUAUAUGGCUGCUUGUUGAUGGCAGUGGUGGCGUGGUGGCUCUCCUGGCGGCAGUAGGAGAGUGA